AUGACAGGUCCUAUUUUAGUACACGAGGUGGAACGAGCUGAAAAGACAUUACUGCAUAUAGUUCAAAAUGAAUAUUUUUCUCAAGAAAUAAAAUGUUUAAAAGGGCCAAAUGGUCAAGUAUCACAAAAAAGUAAACUUUUUCGCCUACAACCGUUCUUGGAUAAAAGUGGAUUACUUAGAGUGGGCGGAAGAUUAAAAAAUGCAGCAUCAUUAGAGAUCUUUCAAAAAUAUCCACUGAUUAUACCGGCUAAGAGCACGUUUACUAAAUUGUUACUUAGAAAUGAGCAUGAAAGAUUAUGUCACAGCGGUCCACAAACUGUUUUAGCGUCCAUAAGGCAAAGAUAUUGGCCAUUAAAUGCAAGGAAUACAAUUAGAGGAAUUAUAUUCAAGUGUUUGCGUUGUUUUCGACAACGACCCAUCAUGGUGCAGCCCAUAAUGGGGGACCUGCCAAGCGAUAGAGUAGAACCUUCUCGAGCUUUUAAGAUAAGUGGAGUAGAUUUCUGGGGGCCAGUGAUGUUAAAGAGUAGUCUAAGAAAAAAUGCGCCUUUAAAAAAGGCUUAUGUUAGUGUGUUCGUGUGUUUUUCAACUAAGGCCGUACAUAUUGAGUUGGUAAAUGGAUUAAGUACGCAGGACUUUAUAUAA